AAAGGGGAGGACUUCUUGAAAGGCUGAGAAAAAGGAAUAACAGCAACGCCAACCGCUCCUUAGUAUUUGCAAAUAACGAGUCGCGUGCGUAGGAAGGGGAUUCAAGAGCACAUCUUUUCUGCUCCCAAGAGUUGCCGUGGUUUCUCCUUUAUUUGAAUAUACCUUUUGCACUUGUAUCCUGUUUACCAUCUGCAUUUCCACUAAUCCCAAGCGCUGACAGCCUAGCAAAUCCUCUCUCUUCAUUUAAACAUACUGGAUUGGCUGAAGUGAUGGUUUAUGAAUCUGGAGAGGAGAGAAGGAACACUGUACUGUGCUGGAUUGUAUGGCUAUACCAUUCCCUCACAAUGUCAGCUCUUCUUUGCAAUUAGAAAAAUAUAGAAAAAUAUACCCAGCUAUCCAAAUAAAUCCUACAAAGUCUUUGUUUCUCCUUGGUGAGCUCACAGUAGGACCAGAUAUCCGCGCUCUCCCUUUGUUCCUUGUCUCUAACUUCCUUUGGAUUUGGAUAUGCACUUAUCAAAUACAAAUAUUUAAAGUGCACACAGAAAGCAUGUAAUCACCAUGUAAAACUAUGAUAUAAAAUGAGUCUAAAAGAAACCCAGCCCAAAUAUACAACCAUACACUCGCAUGAUAUUCUUAUAGAUAAACUAGGAAAGUACAAUUUAGUUGGGGCUACUAUAAGGUGGGUGCAUAACUGGCUGGAUAACCGUACUCAGAGAGUAGUUAUUAAUGGCUCCCAAUCCUGCUGGAAAGGUAUAACAAGUGGGGUUCCGCAGGGGUCUGUUUUGGGACCGGCUCUGUUCAAUAUCUUCAUCAACAAUUUAGAUGUUGGCAUAGAAAGUACGCUUAUUAAGUUUGCGGACGAUACCAAACUUGGAGGGAUUGCAACUGCUUUGGAGGACAGGGUCAAAAUUCAAAACGAUCUGGACAAAUUGGAGAAAUGGUCUGAGGUAAACAGGAUGAAAUUCAAUAAAGAUAAAUGCAAAGUGCUCCACUUAGGAAGGAACAAUCAGUUUCACACAUACAGAAUGGGAAGAGACUGUCUAGGAAGGAGUAUGGCAGAAAGAGAUCUAGGGGUCAUAGUGGACCACAAGCUUAAUAUGAGUCAACAGUGUGAUACUGUUGCAAAAAAAGCAAAUGUGAUUCUGGGUUGCAUUAACUGGUGUGUUGUAAACAAGACACGAGAAGUCAUUCUUCCACUUUACUCUGCACUGGUUAGGCCUCAACUGGAGUAUUGUGUCCAGUUCUGGGCACCGCAUUUCAAGAAAGAUGUGGAGAAACUGGAGAGGGUCCAGAGAAGAGCAACGAGAAUGAUUAAAGGUCUUGAGAACAUGACCUAUGAAGGAAGGCUGAAGGAAUUGGGUUUGUUUAGUUUGGAAAAGAGAAGACUGAGAGGGGACUUGAUAGCAGUUUUCAGGUAUCUAAAAGGGUGUCAUCAGGAGGAGGGAGAAAACUUGUUCACCUUAGCCUCCAAUGAUAGAGCAAGAAGCAAUGGGCUUAAACUGCAGCAAGGGAGAUUUAGGUUGGACAUUAGGAAAAAGUUCCUAACUGUCAGGGUAGUUAAACACUGGAAUAGAUUGCCUAAGGAAGUUGUGGAAUCUCCAUCUCUGGAGAUAUUUAAGAGUAGGUUAGAUAAAUGUCUAUUAGGGAUGGUCUAGACAGUAUUUGGUCCUGCCAUGAGGGCAGGGGAUUGGACUCGAUGACCUCUCGAGGUCCCUUCCAGUCCUAGAGUCUAUGAGUCUAUGAGUAAAGCAAGUCUGGAGCAAGACAAAUCCAAUAACCACCAGGAAAACGGUACCACAAAAUGUCAAUUCUCUCUGAACUGAACUCCCACCUCACAGGGUCCUAGAGCCUUGGCACCAGACUGAGCCCAGAAGUCUACACGGCAGUGAAACGGCCCCAUAGCCCACGCCUGAGUCAGCAGGCACAGGACAGCCACAUGUGUCUAAGCUGCUCUAAGGUAGAUACAGUUGGGUAGAAAGGGAUAGCUGGUGUGCAAAAAAAAAAAAAAAAAAAAAAACCAGAGGAGGCACUCAAAAAACAGUAAUAGGCCAGCCAAUAUAAAUAGAUCUUGUAGUAUGGUCUAAAGGCAGCCAAAGACAGACUAGAGACUGAUGUCCUCUGUCCAUGUGUCCAUGCUGGCCCAACCCUAACUGGAACUGGCCACAGAGUCACUGGCAUAACUACAUCUACCAGUAUUCUAUGGAAAAACUAGAUACCUGUAUGUUUCCCUUGGAUCCUCAGGUAUUUGAGGAUGCUGAGAGGUGACCUGACCUCUCUGUCCUCAUGUUUUCUUUCCCUGCUUCCCAAGGCCCUUAACUGCUUUUAUAGUUUCUGUUAUUGCAAAGAGAUCUGUGAAAAUAGUGGGUUAGCAGUUGACCUCUGAAAGUGAUAAAUCUUGAGUUUGUUCUCAUCUCUUCUGGCAGGGAGUUCCAUAGCCAGUGGCCCCACCGCUGAGAAUGCCCUCCCACCAGGGGACUUGUCUUAUCACAGCUGCCUGACAGAUAUGCCCUUCUCGAGCUUGUGUCUGUUUUUCCAUUAGUGUCUAAGCCGCAAGACACAAUUUUAGCUUUAAUACGAGAUCAAAUAUUACCUCCCAAAUUUAGAAGCUUAAAUUUAUCUAUUAUUUCUUGGCCUUUCAUAUGUACUGAUGUGGCUCGAAACAUUUAGAUUGAGACGUAUGUUAAGUAAACUGUGGUACAGAGAAAGGGGCACCUUUGGGCUGUUUUACUCAUGGGGUAGUCCCAUUAACUCCCAUCAGAGUGCUCCUCUGAGGAAGAUGAGAAGGGUGUGGCCUACCCUCAGCUAGAUGUGUAGUGUAUAAAUGGUGCCUUUGUGGUAAGUGAGGAUAUGUCUACACAACAACUAGACACCCGUGGCUGGCCUGUGCCAGCUGAUUCAGGCGUGCGGGGCUCGUGCUGCGGGGCUGUUUCAGUGCUGUGUAGACUUCUGGGCUCAGUCUGGAGCCCAGGCUCUAGGCCCUUGUGUGCUUGGAGAUCAGGGGUGGCCAACCUGUGGCUCCAGAGCCACAUGUGGCUCUUCAGAAAUUAAUAUGCGGCUCCUUGUAUAGACGCCAACUUUCCAGUAUGCUGGGGGGUGCUGACUGCUCAACCCCUGGCUCUGCCACAAGCUCUGUCCCCACUCCACCCCUUUCCACACCCUCCCCUGAGCCUGCUGUACCCUCGCUCCUCCCCCUCCUGCAGCCAUGGAACAGCUGAUUGGGAGGGAGGGGAGGCGCUGAUAGGUGGGGCUGUUAAUCGUUUGUUCUUGAUGCUUGACAGUUACUGACAGUAAUUUAUCAAAGGCUGAAUCUCUAUUGCUUUGCACUUUGUGUCAAUGCUUAAGCCUGUGCAAAGUGUGUAUAAAAAGCUACUGAAUCCAAAUGGCAGUGUUUUACACUCACUUCGCACUCAU